AUGGCUUCAGCUUCCACCAACGGCUUGCCGCCGAAUUUCAUUCUCACCCCUCAGCAACAAGCACUGCUUUUCCGUGCUUUGACGUCGAAUCAACCAAACAACGGCUCGCCCCAGACAAAUGGGCUCUCCUUGUCUCCAGCGUCACUAGCAAAGUCUCCGGAACAGCCCGGAGCCAAUGGCGCCCAGGACAGUCCCUUCCUCGACUAUGACUAUAGUUUUGGCCCCGAUUCAAGCGGCUUCGAUUUUGAUAUCGGCCUUGAUCAAUCCAGCACAAUGAUUGGUGAUCUCCCUGGUAAAACACCAGGAAGCGACAAGACUGGUGGUAGUAGCGACAAGGGCACCUCUCCAGAAAAUGAUAUUCAUGACAAGAGAAGUCAUCCAGAUGAUGACGAGGAUGAGGAUAAAGAAGAAGGCAACGCAAAGAGGCGUGAGAGUGAGGGUAAAGUGCCGAAAAAGCCUGGCCGCAAGCCGCUCACGAACGAACCAAGCUCUAAACGCAAGGCUCAGAAUCGUGCCGCUCAACGUGCCUUCCGCGAGCGAAAGGAACAGCAUUUGAAAGAUCUCGAGACCAAAGUCCAAGAACUCGAGAAGGCAUCCGAGGCAACCCACAACGAGAACAGCCAACUUCGCGCCAAAGUUGAGAAGAUGACCACAGAACUCAACGAGUACAAAAAGAGAUUGAGUCUCGUCAACAAUAGCACGCGCCCGGCUGCCACUAAUAAUCGGGGUCAAGUUUUUGGUUCAAACUUGGUCAACAACUUGAAUGAUGUCAACUUUCAAUUUGAAUUUCCCAAAUUUGGAGUUCUGCCAGGCCCUACACAAAAGGCCGGCAGUCUCAAUGGCCGUUCACCCUCUUUUCCCUCCCCAUCAAACAGCUUUAGUACGCAACCGACUCCGUCGUCGGAUAGAGCAGACGACAAAGCUACCCCCAACUCCACCAAAAGCUCUGAAAAUUUUGAGUCCGACAGGGAGGCCUUGGCCAAGUUUGCUUCCAUCAUCAAUGGCACCCCCAACUUGGAUGGAUUUUACAAUAAUGCCUCGAGAACCAGUCUGGAUUCCACCAACUUUAGCAUAGCCGGUACCAACUCUGGCUCACCAUCGGCCUCAUCAAACUCCAACGCUGGUGGUCCCAGUUCAUCUUGUGGAACCUCACCGGAGCCCUUCACUCAAUCGCCUGUGGGAUUCAAGCCCGUUGAUACAUUGACCACAAUUGGGGAAGAACAGCCGAGCCAUCUUGCAGGUGCUCCUGCUCCUGGCGACCAUUUCGAUUUUGGCAAUUUUGAAGUCAACAACUUUGACUGGCUCGCGCAGCAGAAUGGUGGUCAAUUUGAUCCCCAAUUGUUCGGUGGCUACAGAGAGCCCCAGGACAACAUUCUGGCCACUGCCACGUUUGAUGAUACCUUUUUCAACGAAGCAUUUGACGCAGAUUUCACCACACCGUUCAAUGUGGCACCAAGCCCCAAGGUGGCGCCAAAGAAGAAUAUUUGCACAGAGAUUGACGAGCGUAAGGAGGAAGAAGACACCAUUAUCACUUCUGUCAAUGGCAAGCUGCUUACUUGCAACAAUAUCUGGGAACGCCUGCAAAAUUGCCCCAAGGUUCAGGCUGGUGACAUCGACCUGGACGGUCUUUGCUCGGAUUUGCAAAAGAAGGCAAAGUGCGGCGGCACCGGCGCUGUCGUAGAUGAGAAGGAUUUCCGUGCGGUCAUGUCCAAGCAUCUCGGCCCCUGCCCAGAUGAAAGUAAAUGA